AUGAUCGAAGUCGAAAUCGUGACCGCCUGGCUCACUCCAACCGUACUUUUCUGCAUAGUGAACCUCGUGAUUGGAACAAUUUUCAUUACAUCUUCCCUCAAGCCUCAAAAAUACCACAAACAUAUCCAGGAUGACCACCCGGCCCGGACUCCAUCCGUUUUCGAACGGGUCAAGUCUUUUAACCUCUCCAUCUACCCGACCCGUGAACAGGAGCCCGAGAUCCAAGCCCAAAUGACCCGAGCCCCGUCCUUUCUCCAACGGGUAAAGUCAAUCAACCUCUCCAAGUACCACCCGGCCCGUGAACAGGAGCCCGAACAUCCACCUCAUCAACUGGAGCCCGAAAUCCCAGCCCAGAUGACCCGAAUCCCAUCCUUUCUCGAACGGGUCAAAUCUAUCAACCUCUCCAGUAACCAGCCCCAACACCACCCGGCCCAUCAGCAGGAGCCCAAAAUCCCGGCCCAGAUGGUCCGUAUCCCGUCCUUUCUUGAGCGGGUCAAGUCCAUUAAUCUCUCCAGGUACCUAGCCCAUGAACAAGAGCCUGAACAUCCGGCCCACCAGCAAGAGCCCGACCGCUUGUCGACCGGGGCUGAGCCCAGGGUUCUGAAGAAGUCGGCGAGCGAGAAGGGGGCGGUGAAGGGGGAAGAGGAGGCGGAGGAGCAGCGGAGGCCGGCGACGACGAGGGAGAAGGGGGCGGCGGAGCACGGCGGGGAUGAGGCGGUGGACGCGAAGGCGGACGAUUUCAUAAACAGGUUCAGGCAGCAGCUGAAGCUGCAGAGGCUGGAUUCCAUUGUGAGGUACAGAGAGAUGGUCGGCAGAGGGACGGGCAGGUGA